CAGUGAGACGCACAAAGGAAACAUUAAGAUCUUUUUGUUUCCUUAUCGAUCCUCACAGCCUCCAGCAGGCUCAUGGAGAGCGGAGCCCUGCUUGUCCGCACCGGGGGAAGGUUAAUCGGAUGCCUUUCACCACAGCAGCGCCGUUAGAUGUUUUCCAUUCAGGAUUAAUUGGUUGACCAAUGGCUCCAAAACAUGCGCUCCUCUCCAGCAGCGGCAGCAGUGGCUCCGCGGUUGGAGGGGUAAAUAAUAAAGGAGACCCCCGCUCUCCGGCGGCAUGGAUCCUGCAUGCGGGGAUGGUGGCCGUCUGUUCGCCGAGCAACGGGAAAAGGACCCGGGCGCUGGAUGGGAUGCUGGCCCGGUGGUUUGUGACCAUCGGCGCGGUGCUGAUGCUGAUGCUGCAGAGCUCCUUGGCUGCUGACGCUGACGGGGGUCACCAUGAGUCAAUGAGACGGGCUGUCUUGCCUCUUGACCCCGCAGGGCCCUCCAACCUCUCAGCCAUCCUCCGGACUGGAGACAGAGCUGGGGCAACAGACAAAGAUGCGAUUGAUGGGACUGACACCGGAGCCAGAGCCGGGCCCAGAGCUUGGCCUGAGGGUAAAGUGUUUGCUACGGCCAGAGCAGCACUUUGGACUGAAACAGAAGCAGAUGGCAAAGUUUUAGCAGGGACUGGGAUUAUGACGGGAACUGGCACCUUGGCUGAAGUUGGGGCUGAAUGGAGUCCGGUGGAUGUGGAGGGGGGUGUCCUGCCAAGGAUGCCCAGGGACCCUGCUGCCUGGAUGGGGCCUGAGAUGCGUGGAGAGGGCCAAGGAGAGCAGACAGCGAUCUCAUCAGUCCCCACCAUACUUUCAGGGACAGCGAAGCUGCAGGCACCAGUGCAGGGAAAACCUUUAGGACUGUUGUCUAAAGCUGCUUGGUCCAGAAGCUCCUCUUCAUCAUCAUCCAAGGUCUCUUCUUCUUCCUCCUCCUUAUCUACAACAAAAGCCUCCUCUUUGCCUUCCUCCUCCUCUCCAGCCAGUAAACGAGAGAGUCAGACAGCAAGAUCAGACACGGUCUCUCUGAUUGUUGUCAACAGCAACUCCUCCAACAGCAACUCCUCCAACAGCAAUAGCAGCUCCAGUUCGGAGGAGUCCGUGAGCAGCCGGCCAGCCUGGGAUCUCCCUACUGUCCCCGAGUCGCUCCUGUCCACAGUGGGCGACCACGACGUCACACUUCCUGCCAACGUCACCAGCCCUUUCUCCACCCAUCAAUGGAACACCACCAUUCCUGCGCACACCAGAAACACCUCACGGCUCACGACCACAUCAACCACCAGCAUAAACACAUCUCUGUCACCGUCCACCACCACCACCACAACUUUGCCGUUAUCCACCACAUCAACAGCACAAACACCCUUGGGAUCCACUGCAGUUUCUCACACCACAAGCCAGGACACUGUGAUCAAUAACAGCCUUCAGCUGACUACAGUAACCACGACAAUGCCCUCUACGACCACUCUUACUGUGACCGCGGCAGAGAUAAAUACAGAGGCGAUGACCACUGGAAGCGCUGCAACCGAAUCACCAAAUACAACUGCUGCUACAACCACGCAGGAAACAACAAGCCUCAAAUUGACCACAGCAGCUACGACUGAGCCUACAACCACACCUGCAACCACACCUGCCACUACCAUCACCACCACUACUACUACUACGGUCCCCCCAACCACCACCACCACCACCACCACCACUACUACCAUUCCUCCAACCACUACCACCACUACUACCAUUCCUCCAACCACUACCACAACUACACCUGCAACUACUACUGCCACCACCACUUCUACCACUACCACUACAACCACAACAAAGGUACCUGCCACCACUCUGUUCAUCCCGAUCGAAACCACGGCGCCUCCGAAUACGACCACUGAACCUCCGUCCAGUACCAGCGCAGAGGAAAGUCCUUUACCAUGCAACGUGACGGAGAAGUACUGGGUCAGAACAGUUCUGUCCAUUGAGCUGCGUAGGAACCGCCUGGAUCUGAUCCUGAAACAGAACCUUUCUAAAGGACUGAGCCACGCCCUGCAGAGAGCCUUGAAUGACUCCACAGCCUACGCACAGGUGGAACACGAUGACUGCAGCCCCCACAACGUGACGUUGAGUUACUACGUGACCAGCAGCAAAACUGUCUACAUUUCCUCCUUGGUGGUUGAGGCGCUGCAUGUUUACGGUUUUGACAAGCUGCUGUCGGACAUCAGGCAGCACACCCCAUUGGUUAAGGCAGUUCUGGUUCCUGUAGCAACCUGGAUGCCCGCUCCAAGCAUUCACCUGCAGCUGAAAACAGUGUUGAGGUUCGUCGGCCCGACAGAUAACAUCUACUCCUGCAGUUUUGUCCAGAUGUUGGAGCAGAGGCUGGAAAACGCUUAUGACGAGGCUCAGGACAAAGUGCUGGAGACCUACAACAGGCUCACUGUGGAGAUCCAGAGUGUGUCCCAGGAGCCGGGCUCUCCAUCAGUCUCUCUUGUGUACGUGGUGAAGAACCAGGAUGCCAUUCUUAAUGGAACGAUCUCCAGCGGCCUCCUCAAUCAGCUGACCGCAGAGCUGGUGGGAUACUUUCUGUUCUACCCACCCAUGGUCAUCGCUGAGCCCCUUGAAUACCAUAAUCUCAACACGUCCAUGGCAACCAAGAGUUAUUGGGUUAUAACAGUGCUCCAGGAUGUAGACAGCUCCUCCCUGGAGGCCAACUACCAGAGCUUUGCUAGUCUGAUGGAGCAGCGGCUGGCCGAGCUAUUCCUGGUGGCUGGCAGGCAGGGCCCUCGGACGGCACGAUCUCGGCGGGCCACCACCGUAGGGAGCUACACCGUACAGAUGGUGGGCAUGCGUCGACUGCCUGGUCCCAAGAACCCAGCAGAGAUGACCUACUACGCCCAGCUGAACGGAGCACCCAUGACCGGAUCCACCGCUGCCAAGACCCUCAGCAGUCUGGACUCCCAGACCAUGGCUCUGACACUGGGAUACUUUGUACAAGUGCAGGCUGAACCUGUGGUAAAGACGCCGCCAAGCAACCUGUGGAUCAUGGCCGUUCUGACGCCUCUGUUCCUGUUGAUGGUGGUGAUCGUCAUGGUGUCCUUCAUUAUGUGUAAGAGGAACAGGGUCAUUUUCAAAACUGGCGCCUUCAGAAACUUCAAAACCCGCUCCAAGACCUCAUAUCGAAGGGAGGGCAGUUACCACCACCAGCCUGUCCAGGGCUUUGACUACGCCAAAAAGCACAUGGGUCGAACGGGUGAUGAAACUGUUUCCGUUACCAAGGAGACGCUGGUGCUGGGGCUGCCUGUACGAGAUGCCCCACUGUCACUGUCAUUGGAUAAGAAGGUCCACCUGGAUGGGACCGGCAGCAAGAGGCCUUCAUCUGCUGACAUACACAAAGGAAGGCGGUUGCCAAGCGAGGAGGACGGCUCGGUGUCAAGCAACGGCUCCGGGAAGCUGAACACCAGCAAGACCUCCUCGGCCCGAAGGACGGCGACCAGCAGCAGCGGCAGGAACGGCAAGGAGGAGCUUCACAAGAGGAGCACCAACGACCCGUACGAAGACCAUUCAGGCUCUCUGCGUCUCAUCACCAUUAAACCCAUGACUGCUCAGCCCACCUACUCCUACCCCUCCUCCUCAUCCCACAGCCAGGACUCUGUGGUCCUCAAUGGGGAGGCAAACCAUGGAGGGCUGAAGCAGAAGUCGGACAUCGAGCACUACAGGAACAAGCUGCGGCAGAAGGCCCGGAGGAAGGGCUACGGAGAGUUCUCCCUGUCCGAGAACGGCACCCAUGGUUACAGUCACAGAGACAAUAGGCACAGUCGGCAUGACAACGGGGUCAAGGAGCCACUAACCGCUGAAGAGAAGAGGGCGUCCUUCGCAGGAUGUCAUCAGAGGUACUCUCACCCACGGGAGCCAACAUAUUGGAGCCGGCAGUCUCUGAGCAGCCCAAGCCCAGUAGAGACAGAGAUGGACCUGCUGGUGCUGAGAGAACGAUCCAGGAGGGGCAUCCGAAACAAUGGCUACGAUGGCGAACCAGAACCGUUUGAGGAGACCAACGUGGACCGUCUGAUGAGCUCUCUGGGUUACGGAGGUGGAUCUACUGGCACCGGCAGCUUGGGGGUGAAAGCUCACCGUGGCUCCGACUCCUCCACACUCAGCUCCCAGCCAUCCAUUGAUGAAGUCCGCACGCAGAUGCAUAUGUUGCUAGGCAACGCCUUCAGUCUGGCACCUCCGGACCACGACCCCCCUUCACCUCCAACCAACAGCCACCACCAUCACCACCACCACGCCCACAGAGCCUACAACCCGUCCCACACCAGCCACUACAAUGACGGAGUAACCAGCGCCCCGGGGACCAUGAACCAUCCCUGUGGAGGCCGGCAGAGGAGUGGCUACGAGGACAUGCAUCAGUGUAGCCUGCCCAAACCGGGUUUCCGGUUCACCCAGCUUCCUGAUAUGGGCAUCGGUUCUCCCCCACCACUGAUCCCCUCAAGACCAGGAGCCCCACCUGGGACCUCAUUACGACGUUCCACCCCUGAUGUUAGUCUGAAGCCCCGUGUGUCAGAGGCCUCCGACCUGCAGGCCCAGCAGCACAACGGAGCCCCGUACCUGCCGCUGUCCAGGACCCCCUUCCCCGCUGUCACUGUCGACCAGUCCAUCACUGCCUACUCAGGAAACCCAAUAACAGCAGUCUACGCUAUAUCUGCCAACCAUCCGGGUUACUCAGACUACUUUGUCAUGUCACCGCCAUCAUCGUACCGUAGCCCGUCCUGGAUGUCCUACCCACCCGAGCAAGAAGACCUGCCGCGGCAGUGGAACGACACACCAAACUCACGUCAUCUUGAAACAAUCUGCUGAAGUCGUCUGCCUGUGACACUGAGUGGAAACAGCCGAUAGCUUGGUGUCUCUGUGGACGGGCUGAGGACAUCCCUCUCACUGAAAACUCUCUGGAGCUUUAUCCCCCCUCCUUCACUUGGACCAGGCCUUCUUCCUGUCUCAUUUAUUCAUAACCAGUGGACUCCCCUCCACCUCCACCUUAUCCGCAGCUCCCCCUCUCUCCACUGGGCUGGCCUUCAUCUAUCUUCUCUCAGCCCGCUCCAUCUGCAGCUCACAGCGUUUCUCAUCCUCCAGAACUCCUCUGCUCCUUUAUAAGCCCCUUCAUCUGUUCAAAGCUCUGCUUCAGACUCCUUACCAAUGUAAAUGUCCAGCCAUAAUUCUCACUGUCCCUCACUGGCCCCUCUGGGCCCCUAGUCACUAUCUCUAUGUAGACUGCCUCCUGUGUGGUGACCACCAUCGUACAGCAGGAGGCCCUUCACACUGCUGAACUGAACUGAGCUGAGCUGAGCUGCGUGAAGCUGUACUGUGCUUCCCUGCGUGAUAACACAUGUGCAGUGUGGAUGAACAGGGUGAGUGCAGAACAGUGUGACAUGCAGGGUGACCAUUCAACAAUCAUCGUACAGUAACUGCCAUCUGCCCAGCACACGAUGGCCCCCAGCGCUGCGUUAUCAGUGCUGGAGUGCCCCAGCCUUGGCCCGAAGUCUUCUCCUCUGAUGAACUGGACUGGACCGGACCGUCCUGGACUUGCCUCUAAUUUCCACCAUAAAGCCAGGAAAGCUGGACUGACUUUAAACUGUGCUUUUUUUGAUGAAUCCCAAAUUCCUACUGUAUGUAAACAUUCUACAGCUGGUUAAUAUGUGUAUUUUAAACUUAAGUGAGAAAAAAAAAAUCUAUGGGAAAUAAAUCUCUUGUCUUGAGCUGUCUCAAUUUCAGUUUUUGGAUGUGUGUACUUCUGUCUUUUACUUUUGUGCAUUGAUUGUUAUCAAUGGAUUACUGUACAAAAAAGACGUAGUGAGUGUUUCUCUUUCACUCACCUUAUUUCAAGGCAAAAAAUAUAUUACAUUCUUCUAAACAGAGAAAUCGGCGGCUUAGUUGUCUGUGGUUAUGAUGGCAUUUCUGUACUUUUAAAAAUAAUUACUUAAUUUACUUUUUUUCUUCAUCAGAUUCAAUAAUGAAAACAGGAAUUAGUCACUAUGUUCUGUCGAUCAUCUUAUGAAGUUUUUGUCUGCUGAUCAUUAGGCAGACCUGGGUCAACUAUUGUAAUUGAAAUCCUUCUCACAUGCAGUUCUGUUUUGUAGCUUCGCUGCAGAGUUUGUUAAGCUCCUCACAAAAGUUAAAGAUAAAAACAUUUACUAUAUGAUAACUAGAGUUUGAGUUGAUUUCAAUUCUGGUUUGAUUCAGGACUGUUUAUGUGCAAUUAUGUGAACACCAGUAUUCUUAGAAAGAUGUCUACUGUAUUUUACUGUAUAAGGAAAUUUGACUUUUGGUUAUUUUGGUCUUGAUGAAGAGGGAUGGAUAUUUGGUCACUGGUGUAGUACUGUUCAAGAGACUUGCCGGGCUCAGAUGAGCCGUAUAUGUAACGAUUAAAUGUAUUACUGUAUAUAGCAGAUGAUUUAAUGAAGAGAUUUAUGCAAGUACUGUGGGAGGGAUGCUUGACAUUUUUCUGAUGACAUUUUUUUUUUCUUCCUUUUAUUUCCACUGCGUUUAUGAUGAAAGACUGUUUUUGAAUCUCCUUGACUUUCUGAAGGAUGCACACAUUUCAGUGUCAUCUGGAUCAUCUUUUUUCAUAGUAUUGCUAUCAUAGAAAAUAUCACAGAUAACAUAUUACUAAAGGAACAGAUGGAGUGUUUAGUGGCAUGCAGCAGAAAGGCAGAUCUUAUCCUGCAGUUACAGUAUGCUUUAUGUUGAACAAAGCUAAUAUAGCCAUACUAGUUGAAAAAAUGUAAUUUUUUAGUACAAAGUAUGUCACAGUCUAAAUUAUAUUUAUCCUCAUUUUUUCUGAGGAGAACUGGAAUUCUGUGAGCACACUGUAUGUAAAGCUCCUCAUCAUUUAGAUGGUACUAAAGGAGAUUAUAGCCAUAUGUUUUUCACCAAGUGGACAUAAAACAGCUAAGAUAUACAGUGUUGUGUUAAAAGGGGCAAAUGCCAAAUGAGAGUAUAUUAGAUAGGAAAUAAUAAAGCAGGGAAUAGAGAGAUAGUAUAGAUAUAAAUGUAAAUGUGGUUAUGAUGUUAAGUUUAACAUGAAAUGAGUACUUUUAUAAAGAGCCUGAACUGUGGCAGAAAAUAGCAAAAAUCAAUGCAAAAAUGCUUUUGUAUAGCAUGGAAUAUUCAGAUACUAUAAAUCUACAAACCAUUUUGGAAUUACUUUCAACUAAGCCUGAAACUAAAUGCUUAAUCAAAGUAGAACAGUUUUGAAAGUCCUUUGUGACCAUACACAGGAUAUGUGCACAGCAUUAUGCUAGAGAACGGGAGAAGGAGAGCAUAUAACACAAUAAGACAAAAAUUACACAUGAAGUUGAUAUUUUUCAAAAGUUCUUAAAUGUGACUGCUUUAGACCAAAAAAAGUAAACAUGCUAGUUUUGACCAUUGAGACACAAUUUACAGAAAAUUAUUUUGACACUUAAAUUGAUGUAGGAAAUGUGGAAAAAUACAUUUCUCAAACUGUUUUUGGGGGUCAAAUAUUUCUUAGGGGGUGGUGUUGCAUUGUGGGACAAAUUUGUACUCUUGACCUCAGUAUUUAUACAAUCUUGCCUAAAGCCCUGCUUCUAGAUAUAUGACUCAAGUUUAAAUUCUAAUGGGAAUAUAAUUUACAACAUAUCUCCAUACAUUUAAUAUGAAGCCUGUAUGUAGAAAGUAGCACAGAUAAGAGUUCAUCUUUUCCAGUUCAGACAUUGUUUAAAAUCCCUCCCCUUUCUAAAUCUGGGCCUGCACACAAUAAAUAUUAGAUGUGGAUACUUAGGGAAAAGAAAGCAAAGGUAUGAGAUGACGGUACUGGAGCGGUAUGAGCACACAUGGUGCUAUUGGUGUUUUGAAUCAUCAUUUUCAUCACUAGAGAUCUGCAGCAACUAUCAUAUUUUAAAUCAUACUCAGUGUAUAAACCCAUGUAUGGUUGAAAAGAAAACACUUCCACUCAUGUUUAUCAGUUUAUUUGACUCCAUGUUGAAGAGAGGGGUGGGUGGGUUUUGGAUUUUUAAGCAGUAAUUUUAAGAAGGAGACUUGAUGCUAUGCUAUAAGUUGAUGUGCAAUGUUUGUGCUUUACACGGGUAGCGGCGAGAUGCUUUUAUUGACGAUGGACUCUGGAAUGCACUGACAGUUAGUAGUUUUUUUCUGCCGUUUGAGCCAUGUCAUGAUGCUGUGACAUCAGGGCGGCGCUGAUGAUGUCACAUGAUCGUCACACAGAUGUUAAUGAGGUCACAGUGACGACAACAAUGAAUGCUGUUGGAUGUAGUUAUGCAGAAAACUUUUUGGUGAAUUUAAACAAUAAAGACAAAUUAAAAUUC